AGGUCACUGUUGUCUCUUGCUUCAACGCUUCAGCACACUGGGUCUGUGGGCAGCCAGUUGCGUACGCAUAAAAGCGUUAAUUGUCUAGCUUCUGGUUGCUAUGAAGCAUACUAAGGCUGCCUCCCCACCAAAUCUGCCAGGAAAGGUAGUUCAUGAUGAUGCUGAUGAGGAGCGUAGGGGCUUGCUAUCCGGAGACGAUGCCGAGCGGGUUGAAUUCAUUCCUCCCCAGAAUAAUACCAGACGCAAGACAUUAACUGCAGCCGCCGUGGUCAUCAUCGUACUACUGCUUGGUGUUGCUUUCGGGCCAGCGCUAUAUGCCGCUGUUGUUCCUCGGUCGAAACCACAUGAAGAUUUUGACAACCAACGUCUUCGUAGUAAUGGGACCCAUCACUUCAAGAAGACUGCGCUCAUUGUCUCUAUCGACGGCCUGCGGUACGCCCAAGGUUAUUCAACGAUUGGUGUUACGUUGCGCUUACGUAACUCCAGCGCAAGCUACCUAGAUCGAGGCCUUACUCCUCAUCUGCUAGCUAUAAGUAAAGAGGGACUUCGUGCUAAAGCUAUGAAGCCCGUCUUUCCCACCCUAACUUUCCCUAACCACUGGGCACUGAUGACCGGUCUCUAUGCCGAGUCACACGGCAUCGUAGCGAAUAAUUUCUGGGAUCCUCAUACCAACCAGGAGUUCCAUUACAAUAGGAUUGAUUGUUCAUGGAAUGCAUCCUGGUGGACCGGUGAACCGAUGUGGGAGACAGCAGAACGAUCCGGCCUCAUUACUGCAAACCUCAUGUGGCCGGGUCCUCCGACUACAUCCUCAGGUACAUCGCCAACAUACUUCAUUCCCUGGAGAGACCGUGUUCCUUUGAAGGAGAAACAUGACCAGAUCAUGGCAUGGAUCGACUUGCCGUUAGAGGAGCGUCCUCAGCUGAUAAUGGCAUACGAACCUUCUCUAGAUCAGGCAGGACACCUUGCUGGACCGAAGUCUCCCCUCGUAAACCGCGUUCUACGUCAAGUAGACCAAUUUGCGAAGGACAUACAUGAUUCUCUUGAAGCACGGAACCUCACGGACAUCGUGGAUAUUGUCUUCGUGAGCGAUCAUGGGAUGACUGACACAAGUAGUCCAGAGUGGAUCUAUAUCGAUGAUAUUCUAGGUGACGGCUAUGGCCUGAUUGAACAUGAGGAUGGCUGGCCGUCAAUGGGACUUCGAUUCUCUCCUAAGGUCAACGCUACUCACUACCUUGAAGUCCUUCGUAAAGCUGCCAAGGCAAGCGGAGGAAAGUUUGACGUCUACACUCAUGAGACUAUGCCUCAGAGGUAUCACUUUGCUCACAAUGACCGCAUCGCUCCGAUAUACAUUAUUCCGAGAGUCGGGUAUGCGCUUACGAACCGGGAUGAGAACGGCUCAGGAAUGAGCAAAGGGAACCAUGGCUACGACAAUGACCAUCCCGCUAUGCAUGCCAUGUUCGUUGCUCAUGGAUCAUUUCCAUCUUUGGUGAAGUCUGUUCAUCAAGCCCGUUCUGAGGCAAAUAUCUUCGCGCGACGACUAUACAAGCCCAGCCAAGGUUGGCAUUCGACUUCAGACAAUACCUAUGUAAUGGAUACCUUCCGGAACGUCGAAAUCUACAACUUGAUGAUGAGGCUUCUUGGGAUUGAGAAGAAUGCCGCUUCGACAAAUGGAACGAAGGGUUUUUGGGACAAAUAUUUCUAGACUAGAUAGAGCUGUGUUCCUAUUACGACAACUGUUACGAUUGUGGAUUUCGGAUUGCUUACUGUACCACUAGACUGCAUCUACUUGGCAUAAUACAUUUUGGACUUCUCGAUAUCUCAUAAAGAUGGAUUGACAUCAAAGCAGAGCGAAAGUGUGUAUAGGACUACUGUACAAGUACAAGAGAGAAAUCCUGAAGUAAUCAACAGCUAUCGUAAUUCAUAUGUAGUAUGGUAUCCUCCUCACUCCAACCCAACUGCAACCCUGAUCUACCUUCCCAACGCUUCAAUGGUGACCCUCUGCGUCGAAUACCAUGUUUCCCGGCCGAACCUCCGCAUGGUCUCCCGUCGCGGUAGGAACAUAAGCAGCCUCCGGAAGCCCCGACUCGUCGAUACCCUCUGCGGCUUCAAUCACUUCAUACAACUUCGAUGCAACCUCCGGUGGAGGGACUCGGCCGCUUAGGAUAUCCCGAGCGGGAACAGGUGAGCCGUAGAACUCGCGGUUGGCAUCUUUGCGUUCAAUAAGGACAGUGCCUUCCAACGAAAGGCCGGCAAACAGUCCUGAUCAUUGAAAAAAUACG